AUGUCCGUUCUUGGCCUCAAAUCUGACGGACCUGUUUCGUGGUCCAAGACGGGGCUCAUCGCUUAUGGAGAGACGGACAGCUCUGACAUAAAUUUAUGUGUUACAUUUCUGGAAACAAUCAACGGAACUAACUGGCGAUUCCAUCCACCAAAGAAAUAUAUCAUACACCCACAUAUGUACGAUAAGAAACCUCUCUCUAACGGGAAUGCAAUUAAUGGGAACGGAAGUGUAGCAAAACCACAAAAAGCCUUCUACAACAUAAGGUCUGUCCACUGGAAUAACUCCAUCAGUCUUUCCGGUGAGCUUUUAGCUGUCUGCGAUGAGGUUGGAAAUCUAACCAUAUUAAUGGCAGGUCAAAGCAUUCAAGGUCCAAGCACGUUGGAUAAUAUGAUAGUAUUAUUUCAAGACAAUAUUUACAAAAUUCACAAUCAGAUCAUACCACUUGAUGAAGCCGUAAUUGGAUCUAAAGGGGUUAGAAAAGGGAACAAGAGAGAAUGCCACACAUCAAUUAUAAACUUCCAGUGGUUAAGCAGUCAAAAACCUGUAAUUGUGAUGCUAGGUGCAAGGAAGGACCCUUCAACAGACACUUUCAAAAGCCAGGUUCAACAGAGUCCACCUUAUGGCAUAUUCCAUCCCACAUCCAUAAAAUCUGCGUGUAUUGCCAUAAGAAGAAAUGGGCAACUCGAUUUUUGGUACCAACUGUCUAAUUCAAAGGACCACAAAAAAAUCUCCUUGCAAUUAAGCAGCAGCCAGGAUCCCUGGAACAAAGAGCAGGAUUGGCUUGAGUUUGGCCAAUGUGCUCAUAUGAAUGAGGAGCAAACAAUGCUGAUUGGGGUAUAUUCUAGAUUGAAUCGAAAAUUCGCGUUUUACAAGCUCUCAGUUAACUGGAAUGUCAACACCGCCAAUGCUAUUAACGAUCCUUCAUUGAAGCUACAACAUCUCAAUGACUUAAUUCCGGAUUCUUUAGGGCCAAAUGGUGAGAUUCUCCAAUUGAAUAACUUUCAUAUUACUUCAAGAACUCAUGAGAAGUCGUCUAAACCUGAAAUCCUCAUCUGCUAUAAAGUUGUAGGUUCAUCAAGAUCAAUUGUAAAGCGGCUGGAAAUAUCUACAAGUGUCCCUUCGUCAGAAUUAACUUUGGUGUUCGGAACUUUGACAUCAAACUCAUCAACAUCCACGCCUUCAAAGUAUACCGUGAAGGAGGUUGGUGGUCUACAAUUCGACUCACCUGUGAGUGCAGUAACGUCACGCAUAUUAGAUUCCAUCAUAAUAUUCCGAUUGGAUAAUGGUGAAACGAAGGUUUUCAAUAGACAAAAUUGGACCACAGAGGCUGAUGCGAAAAAUGUUUCCUCAAGAGGCCAACCCAAUACAAAUAUUACCUCACUUUUUUGUACUGGCUUGCAAUUUCCUUUAUUGCCACCCUUUGAUGCUAUUGAAUGGAUCAAGAUAUCACCAGCUCUGGGGGGUGUAAUAGCGAAACUUAAAUUCAAGAAGAAUCCUUGCUUUUAUUCGCUAUUUUCCGAUGCUUCCAAAGAUGAGAAACAUGAUUCAUCAAUCGCAGCUGCAUUUGCCUAUGGUUUUGUGGUCAGUAAUCAUCGGCAAAUGUCUGGAGAAGAUUUAUCUAUUGCGAUGAAAACGCAUGCAUUGAAACUAGGCCAGUUUAAUAAAAAAAGAGCGGAAAGAUUCAUCACAAGCGCAAUUUCUUCUGUCUAUCACUUGUUUGGACUCUCGCCUGAUUCUCCUCGAGAAUUAAAGGACAAACUUAUAAUGAGCAGACCAAUUCAAAGGGCAAUGUUGUUACAGCUUGAGCUCGGAAGCUCAUUUAUCAAUAGUAACAUUUACAAUAUUUCCCGAGUAGUCAUGUCCCUCAGAAACAUUCUCUUCGCUUUUAAUGGAGUGUCGAGAAAUGUUCAGGUGUUGAUACAUCAUACUGCGACUAUGAACGUCCACCAGUCAAAUGGCAAGCUGUUUCAAUUCGCAUUCUCAAAGCAAGAUCUGAUUUAUUCACUUAUCCCCUGUGCUAAAUGGUUUGUGAAAUUCAUCACAUUUCUCACUCAGCAGAUGAUAGUGCUUGUUAACAAUCCCAACGACACGGAGAAUACUUUAGUUUUGGGAAUUCUGAGCUCAAAAAUGACAAGAACGCUAAUACUAUCAGUCCUUAACGAGAUGAAAAAAAUUAUUCAACUAGUGACGAAAUUCCCAGAAACAAUAUAUCCCGUUUUGAAUGAAUCAUCUGUUUACUUAAGGAAAGUAUUGGGUGAUUCACCCGUGAAUUUUGAAAAAUUCGAAACCUUUUUGGUUGAUGUGAAUAACAAGUUCAUCGCUUUGAGCGAACAGCAACCGCAGUUAAGCAGCCAGAAGGAACCGUACUUGGUUGUGCAAGGUGAAAUUCCAGAGGAUAUUAUUCAAAUCAAGGAUUUCUUGUUGUCAUAUUCCAACACGGCAGUCCUGUCUCACACCAAACCUGCGGAUGUCUAUUUUACAGAUACAAGCGGAUUACGGAUCUUUGCUUCGGAAUACUUUUCCAAACCUAUAUUUAAACUACUUCAGCCGAUUGAAGAAGGCUUGGUUGUGGAUAACGAAACUCUUCCGCCGAACUUCAAGACAGCGAGAUCUUUCUCAGUCAUCGAAUUUGAUGACAUUUCAAAUGAUAAAUUGACAUCUGGUAAAGAUGCGAAAAUCAAAAGAUGUUGUAGAUGUGGAUCCGUAACUUGUGCCGGCUACACCGUUUCCAAGGAAAGUACGAUUGUCCCAACAAGCAUAUCAACAAAAAGAUGGACAAAUCUGUACUCUAAAAUCUGCGUCUGUUCAGGUUUUCUUUACGAGCUACAUUAA